GGUUCGCGCGAGCGGGGCGCGAAUACGAAGGAUCUAUACGUCCGGAGCCUCAUCGAGCCCAUCGACGCCGAGCGCGCGCAUUGCAUUCGGGGCAAGCUCGUUCUAGCCGGGCGUCGUGGAGAUACCGAGCCUGCCAGGACGUCGAAGUCAGGGCACCCCGUGCUCAGACCCAUUAUCAACCUUGCCCCCAUGAACCAGCGCCAGCGACCGAUCAACAGCGACAUUGCCCAGAUGAGCACGGGCGCCGCUCGGCAGACGCUGGUCUUCGAGGACGAGAAAGUCCCCCACAUCUCGGGUGACGACUUGGCAUGCUCUUUCUACCUUUGCCUGCUCCGGGCCUGCUGGAAGCCAUUCUUCGCCCCUGGACGCCAGGUCGACAGUUGCGCGAUCAUCCCAGGAGCCCAGGGCAGGGCGCGCAUGACCUUAAAAUGCCUACCGAUGGGGUGGUUGUCGAGCGUUGGCGCAACGCCGCUUGCCAGCGCACGUCUGCGCGCCGAUGCGGAAUUCAACAAGUGCCGCACAAGCCCGGCGUCUGUCAUGAAGGGUCGCCACGGCGCCCGGCACACGCACGUCGACGAUUUCAGCGCGUUCGAGAUCGCUCUGCGGCACGCGGACCC